AUGGCCGUCCCGCCGACUCUGUCACACAUCAACGUCCCGUCCACACCCGCUGUUGCACCACCACCGGUAUGCGCCGGCUACCCGCCGCCGCCCCGCGGCUCGCGGCCUUUUGAGGAGGUUCUCAUUGCACCUCGCCCGACUCUGUUGGCCGCCGCUGCUCCGUUGGCCGUGGCGCCGGUAGCACCAGUGGUCCCCGCUGUCGCUGGCGCUGCCCCCAAACCCUAUCCGUUGUCGCAGAGCCGCUUCCCAACGGAAUCGACGUACGUGCAAGCAUAUCACCAAACGCAGCAACAGCCGUCUCAGCCUCUACAAAUGGUACAGCCGCGCCUUCUCGCCGACGCUCAGUUGCAAUCGGAGUCACAAGCGCCAUCGCCACCGCAAUCGCAGCCUUCUUCUGCUGCCCAACCCAAGCAAGCGCAGGCUGCAUCCCGUACGCGGCAAAUCACGCUGCGUCGGGCCCAGAAGUUGCAACAGCGCCGCAAUGCGCCACCGUAUAUCCCCAUCGCUGCCAUCGCCGCAGCCUCCGGGUACACCAUCAUAUACCACCCUUCCAUCAACCUCCCCUUCACGCAGCAGGAAGGUCUCUACUUCCAACUCUUUCGUAUGCAGACCGCCAGCGAGCUGUCGGGCUUUUUUGACGACGUCUUUUGGUCUCGCCUCGUGCUGGUUGAGUGUCACUCCGAGGCAGCCAUUCGCCAUGCCGUCGUCGCCCUCGGAGCUCUCUACAAAACUCUCGAGGCCACCACGGAAUCUCCGCCCACGUCGCCCGCGGAUACCGAUGUCGAUCGAAACGACAAUGCCCGCGUCCACUGGCAAGUCGCCCUCAGACAAUACUCGGACGCCUGUCACGAGCUGCGGAUUAUUGACAACGACGACGAGCGCGCCCAGCGCACCCGCCUCAUGGCCAGCGUCCUGCUGGCUUGCUUCGACUCGUUCAUUGGCCACCACAGGCAUGCCAUCAUCCAGAUCCAGACCGGUCUCGGCCUACUCCACCGCCUGCGUGUCGAGCGCCGCACCUCACUCACCGACGCUGGCACCGCGUCGAGCACCGCCUCGGAGCCUGUCGAGAACGAGCUGACGCAAAUGUUUACCCGCCUCGCCAUCCAGGCCAAGUCGUAUGACAUGGCUUUCCACUUCCCCCAGCCGUACGUUGUCCAACUUUUGUCCCCUGGCAGUACCACCAGCAAUACCCUGAGAAACACAAGCGACACCACCAGCGGCAAUACCAUGACACCUUCCCCCGCGACACCCGGCAACACGGAAACCUCGGCGGCGGGCGCCUCCGCGUCAUCGGACACGGCACCCUCGCCGCCUUCGACUGGCUCCCCAACCGCGUCAUCCAACGCAAAUACAGCCGAAGCCGCUCUGCCGACGUCCACACACCAAAAAGCCAUUCCGGACCAAUUUGCGUCCCUUCGCGAGGCGCGGCAGUCAUGGGACAUGUUGCUGGAGCACAUCUUCCGCUACAUGGAAAUGAUGCUGCAGUACGCCAAGGGGCCACCCAACUUGCUUCCAGCGUCGAUGAAGAGCCACGGCGCACUCUUCAUGAUGUACAUGGAAUCCUGGUCCAAUGCCUUUGAGCCUCUGCUUAUCAGCCGCUCCCACCCAGGUGUCAGCAGCCAGGAAAAGGCCGCCAUCGCGGUCCUCAAGAUGUUCCAAGUCAUGGGCGUGAUCCUCUACGUGAUGACCUUUAGCGACUCCGAGAUGAUGUUUGAUGCCUACCAGCAGCAGUUCCAGAAAAUUGUCGACCUUGCAAGCGAAGUCGUCGGCGACGAGGAGCGCCGCGCCGCCUCGAACCGCUGUCCUGACCCGACGCGGUGUGUCCACCACUACCACACCACCCACCCCCAAGACCCGAACUCCGCGGGUCCCGGUAGUAGUGGCGACUACGACGCCUGCCACGGAUUCUAUUUCCACACCAGCCAUAUCAAGGCCAGCUUCAGCGCUGAUCUGGGCAUUGUGCCGCCUCUGUACGUUGUCGCCACCAAGUCACGCGACCGGGUGCUGCGCCGCCAGGCCAUUCAGUUGCUGCGCAGCAGCGCGCGCCGCGAGGGCAUGUGGGACAGCGAGCUGGCGGCCCGCAUUGCCAUGUGGGUAGUAAAUAUUGAGGAAGAAGGCGAAGAAGCUGAGUUCUACGAGGCUCUGCAGCGCUACGACCACCAUGAUGCCAAUCUGGGUAUGGGCGUGGAAAUCGGUAUGGGUUUAGAUCUCGGAUUUGGUAUGGAUCCGGGUCCAGGCCCAGGUCUCGGCCCAGAUACAAGCAGUGCCAUGCGAAGCGGCAGUACCGGUCGCGGCAGCCCGAUGUCGCCGGCCUCUUUUCUACCACAGCCGCCGCCUCUCCAGUCACAGAAUUCGCAACAAACAUCGACGUCCAGAAGCAGUUCAGUCGAGUUUGGUAGCGUGCCACUCGGACCCGGCGGCAAUGCGCGCUGGGAUAUGCGCCGAGCGAGCCAAGCGUCCGUCUUGCACACGAAAAGCGGCAUGAGUAGCUCGAUUCCAAUCACCUCGCCGCAAGACUUGACGUCUCUGCCCCCGUCAACGCCGCUCGCACCGCCGCAGCAAUUGUCGCCGCCCCUUCCCGUGUCGGCGUUUUCCCACAUCACGGCGCCACUCGACCCCAACAUACCGUACUAUAUGCAGACCCAACACCCUAUCCCGGCCGAGAAGCGCAUUCUUGUGAAAACCUGCGAGUUUGACCUGCGCGAGCGCACGGCAACGCUCACGUGCGGGACGCGCGGUCUGGCAGCCGGCGUGUUAGACACCAAGACCCGCCAGACCGAGUUCAAGUGGUGA